UCUCCAACCACUCGGGCCCCUGCCCGGGGCUGGCAGCUGUCCCUCUCGCUGUGCCAGUGCCCCGCGGGCCGUUCUGGCCGUCCAGCAUGGUGGACUACUAUGAGGUGCUGGGCGUGCCCCGGCAGGCCUCGACCGAGGCCAUCAAGAAGGCUUACCGCAAGCUGGCGCUCAAGUGGCACCCCGACAAAAACCCCGAGAACAAGGAGGAAGCAGAAAGGAGAUUCCAGCAGGUGGCCGAGGCCUACGAGGUGUUGUCGGACGCCAAGAAACGCGACGUCUACGACCGCUAUGGCGAGGCGGGGGCGGAGCGUGGCUGCGCAGUCGGCAGGCCUUUCGAGGACCCCUUCGAGUACAUCUUCAGCUUCCGCGACCCGGCCGAGGUCUUCAGGGAGUUCUUCCGUGGCCAGGACCCAUUCUCCUUUGACUUCUUCGGAAACCCGCUGGAAAAUAUUUUUGGUGGUCGGAGGAACUCCCGGGGAAGCAGAAGCAGAGGGUCUGCACCCCUUUUCUCUGCCUUCAGUGAAUUUCCAGCUUUUGGGGGUGGAUUUUCUUCUUUUGAUACAGGAUUUAGUUCCUUUGGCUCCCUGGGAAGUGGGGGCCUUUCUUCCUUCUGCAUGUCCUAUGGUAGUGAUGGGACAGGCAGCUUCAAGUCCAUGUUGACUUCCACUGAAAUAGUUGAUGGCAAAAAAACCACCACCAACAGAAUUAUUGAGAAUGGCCAAGAAAGGGUGCAAGUGGAGGAAGAUGGAGAGUUCAGUUAAAGUCCUUCAUAAUAAAUAGCAUAGAGCAGUUGCUCCGCAUUGACACCGAGUAAUCCCAGUCCACAUUUGAAUUAAAGCACAUCUGGAGGAAUAGUGGACUUUUUUUAGGAUUGAAAAUGAACUUUGCUUUCAGAAAAACUGUACCCAAGAAUUUAUAAACAUUUUAUGCCAAUGCCUGUCUUUACCGUUGGGACUACUAUGGAUAGGACCUCUGUUUGUCUUUCGAUCAUUGUAAAUAUCUGUAUGUGCUUUGCUAUUUAUUAAACUUAAGCCUGAGGC